AGUUUCAGGCGGAGAGUGUAGAAUUUGAAUCGGUUAAAUCGGUUCAAAAUCGGCAUUUCGCUAAAAAUAAUUUUUUGUUGACAUCGAGAAUUAAACAAAACUGCUAGGAAAUUUAAGUUAAAGUUGUCAACAAAAUGGCAAGUGGACCAAUAGCCGAAAGAAAUCAAGAUGCAACUAUUUACGUUGGUGGACUUGAUGAGAAAGUAACUGAAACAUUAUUAUGGGAGUUAUUUGUGCAAGCUGGUCCUGUUGUAAAUGUUCAUCAACCUAAAGAUCGAGUUACUCAAAUGCACCAAGGAUAUGGUUUUGUAGAGUUUCUGGGAGAAGAGGAUGCUGAUUAUGCAAUCAAAAUCAUGAACAUGAUAAAGUUAUAUGGAAAACCAAUAAGAGUAAACAAAGCUUCAGCACAUCAGAAAAAUCUCGAUGUUGGAGCCAAUAUUUUCAUUGGUAAUCUUGAUCCAGAAGUUGACGAGAAACUUCUCUACGAUACAUUCUCUGCUUUUGGUGUUAUUCUUCAAACACCAAAAAUUAUGAGAGAUCCUGAAACUGGCAACAGCAAAGGAUUUGCUUUCAUUAAUUUUGCAAGUUUCGAAGCAUCCGAUGCUGCAAUGGACGCCAUGAAUGGUCAAUAUCUUUGCAAUCGUCCCAUUAGUGUAUCGUAUGCUUUCAAGAAAGAUUCUAAAGGCGAACGACAUGGAUCAGCAGCUGAACGAUUACUUGCUGCUCAAAAUCCUCUCAGUCAUUCCGAUCGACCUCAUCAACUCUUUGCAGAUGCUCCAGUACCACAAAUGAUUCCAAUGAAUCAUCACAUGAAUAUGAUGCCACCAUUUGUUCCACCACCGCCUCCUUCUGCCGGCCAUAUUCCGAAUCCACCAAUGGGACCACCAGCUUUUCCAAAUAUUCCGCCACCUCCGUUGCAAGCCCCACCACCUCCACUUCAUCCUCCUCCAUUGCCACCAAGCUCUUGGCCUGCAAGUUUUCCACCACCACCCCCGCAACCCUAUUUUUAACUUUCAUAAACAUAAUUUUGUAACUUUUAUCACCACUGCAGUAUCUGCAUCAGAAAGUAUAUAAAAUAAAAAUAGAAUCUUCAAGCGAGAAAUUAAUUUGAAAACUCGGUUGUGUGUUGAGUGACAAGA